AUGGCUGCCACCGGUGACAGUACUACUGGCCCUUGCUCGGGCUUGGACAUCUCGUAUGGAAAACCUGGAUACAAAGGGCUUGUAGAACAGCCAUUUCUACUAUUUCUAUCCUUGUUCGCGAGUAUUGGAGGUGUUCUCUUCGGGUAUGACCAAGGAGUCAUCAGUGGGACUUUAGUGAUGAACAACUUCGCGAAGGAAUUUCCCACACUGGCCAACAAUUCGACACUCCAAGGUUGGUUGGUGUCUGUUCUCACAUUGCGUGCCAUGUUUGGUGCCUUAGUCAAUGGCCCAAUCGCCGAUCAUCUCUCUCGACGUUGGUCUAUCCUUCUCGCCAAUAUCAUCUUCCUUAUCGGAUCCAUUAUCCAAGUUGCAUCGGUCAAUAUACCAAUGAUCUUUAUCAGUCGGUUUAUUGCAGGGUUGGCUAUUGGUCAGCUCUCAAUGGUGGUUCCUCUUUAUAUCAGUGAGCUAGCACCGCCCAAUCUUCGAGGUGGACUUGUUGCCCUACAGCAAUUCGCAAUCACGGGUGGUAUCAUGAUAGCCUUCUGGCUGAAUUUCGGAACCCAGCAUAUCGGUGGAACAGGGGACGGGCAAUCAUCCGCUGCAUGGCGCUUUCCUCUCGCUCUGCAAUGUCUAUUCUCAUUAAUACUGGGAUUUGGGACAUUUUUCCUGCCGUACACUCCCCGCUGGCUGAUGAUGAAGAACAGAGAAGAUGAAGCAAUGCCAACCCUCUCCCGUGUGCGUCGUGUCCCUAGGAGCGACAACCGCAUCGUUCAGGAAAUGCUCGAGAUCAAGGCGUCAGCGGUGUUCGAUGAUGAGACAACCGCUGCCAUGUUUCCAGGAAUCACCUCUCCUAUUCUUCUGAGCUACGAAAGAUACAAAUCCAUGUUUACCUUUCGCCAUUUGAAUCGCCGGCUCCUACUUGCUUGUCUCCUUCAGCUGAUCCAGCAAUUCACGAAGAUCGGCUUGUCCGGUAGUUCUGUAGACCUCCUCGCGACCGGUGUAAUCGGGAUUCUGAACUUCCUCUGCACCAUCCCGGCAAUUAUGUACAUGGAUCGCUGGGGUCGCAGAAAGGUCCUCCUUGCAGGUGCCGCCGGCAUGGGUAUCUCCCAGCUCAUAGUAGCCACCCUAUAUGCCGUAUACAAGAGCUCCUGGGCCAGCAACCGGAGCCCUGGCUGGGCCACAGCGGUGUUUGUAUGGCUGUACGUAUGCAACUUCGCGUAUAGCAUUGGAUGCGUGAACUGGGUUAUUCCCUCCGAAAUCUUCCCACCGGGAGUCCGAUCUCAAGCUGUUGGUAUUGCGAUCGGUACAAAUUGGUUGAGUAAUUUCAUUGUGGCGCUUAUUACGCCUCGAAUGCUAGAGUCGAUUGAAUUCGGCACUUUUUACUUCUAUCUGGCCUUCUGUGUCUUUCUGGCUAUCUGGGUGUACUUUUUCCUCCCGGAAACAAACGGUGUGCCCAUUGAAGAAAUGGAUAAGAUUUUCGGCGGCAGCCAGGGAGAACAGGACGCGAUACGCCUGGCGAAUGUUUACAGCCCGCUUGGUGUAGGGACUGGAUUCGAUGGGAAGCAAGAGAAGGAUACUGAUAGUCAUGUGGAAAAUAUUGAGGAACCAUGA